CUAUACAAAAUUAUUUGAGCGCAUCAAACAAGUCACCCAUUGUUACGCAUUGUCACAUGUCUUGCAAUUGAGAGUAAUCAUAUCAGUUUGGAGCUUUGGAGCCUCAUUCAAGCUUUCAAUUGGCAUCUGCCUUGCUUCCUCUCCUUCUUUUGGUCACCCCUCUUCUUCAUUCCCUCGCCUUUUCUUACGUUUAUCCCAUGAUGUCUACUGUGACCCCCGAUAAUGUACGAGUCCCACAAUUCUAGCUUUACGUUAUUCCCAGAGAAAAAUUGACCAAGUAACAUACACAUUUCCUCCAAACCAGUAACGAUCUAUUUGCAAAUACCUCGGUAACAACAGUUGCUGUAGUCGUGAAAUUUGGGCCAACACUGACCGUCAAAAUUCAUGAUCACCAAGUGUUCGAUGAAUGUACGCUAGGAAAUCUCACCUAGCUAGCUCUAUCUACCAUGGCCAUUACCUUAAACAACAACUUCAACUAUCCCCCCUCAAAAUCCCAAAAAACCCCGAAUCCGGAAUCUUUGGCUACCCAGAAGAACCACCCUGAGUGGUUUUCACCUGAAACAGGAAUCUACCACAGCACUUACCCUUGUGUUAAUCUCCCCUCCGACCCUUUUCUUGAUGUUGUGUCGUUCAUUUUCUCACACAGCCAUAAUGGGGUCUCAUCAGCUUUGGUUGAUGCCUCAUCAGGGUGUUCAGUAUCUUACUCGGAACUCUACUCUUUCGUCAGGUCCAUGGCCUCGGGACUCCGCAAAAUGGGCAUUUCACAAGGUGAUGUUGUUUUGGUUCUCUUGCCUAAUUGCAUUUACUACCCCGCUGUGUUCUUGGGUGUUUUGUAUGCUGGUGCUGUUGCCACAACCAUGAACCCCCUCAGCACUGUUGUAGAAAUCAAGAAACAGAUUGCUGAUUGUAAUGCCUGUCUUGCUUUUACUGGUCCCGAAAAAGUUGAUGCAUUGCAAGCAUUGGGUGUUCCUACUAUUGUGGUGCCGGAAAAUGUAAUUUUGGGUUCAAAGGCAGAGGCCUUUGAGGAGUUUUAUAAGCUUAUGUGUUGUAAAGUUGAUCAACCUCCAAGGCUAGUGAUUAAGCAGCAAGACACCGCAGCGAUACUGUAUUCGUCGGGGACUACUGGUGGGAGCAAGGGUGUUGUGCUUACACAUAAGAAUCUUAUAGCUGCAGUGGAGCUCUUUGUGCGUUUUGAAGCUUCACAGUAUGACUACACAAGUUUGGAGAAUGUGUAUUUGGCUGUCGUCCCAUUCUUUCACAUAUACGGGCUGUCACUUUACGUGAUGGGGUUGUUGUCUUUGGGGUCUAGAAUUGUUGUGAUGAAGAAAUUUGAUGUUGACCAUGUUGUUAAGUCCAUUGAUAGGUAUAAAGUCACACAUUUCCCUCUUGUUCCACCAAUCUUAGCAGCAUUGACAAAAAAAGUACCCAAGGAUGUGACGGCAGCACAUGGUCUUCGGAGUUUAAAGCAGGUUGCUUCUGGAGCAGCUCCUUUGAGCAUGAAAAUCAUAGAGGACUUUGUUCGGGCCCUUCCCCAUGUUGAUUUUAUUCAGGGAUAUGGCUUGACUGAGACCACUGCAGUCGGAACUCGCGGUUUUAAUACUGAAAGGGUUAAGAACUAUUCUUCAAUAGGACUUUUAGCUCCAAAUAUGCAAGCUAAAGUAGUAGACUGGAAAACUGGAACCCCUUUGCCUCCAAACAAUUCUGGUGAGCUUUGGUUACGCGGGCCAGCGAUCAUGAAAGAGUACUUGAACAAUGCAAAGGCAACCAUGUCAACAAUUGAUGAAGAUGGCUGGCUACAUACUGGAGACAUUGUGUUUUUUAAUAAAGAUGGUUACAUAUAUAUACAUGAUAGGUUGAAAGAGAUUAUCAAAUACAAGGGCUUUCAGAUUGCCCCGGCAGAUUUAGAAGCUGUGCUGAUUAACCAUCCUGAGAUAGUAGAUGUUGCAGUAACAGCAGCCAUGGAUGAAGAAUGUGGAGAGGUGCCGGUGGCGUUUGUGGUUAGGAAAAAUGGCAGUAAACUUUCCGGCAAAGCUGUAAUGGAAUACGUUGCUGGACAUGUUGCUCCACACAAGAAGGUCAGGAAGGUGGUGUUUACAAGUUCAAUACCCAAAUCUGCAGCUGGAAAGAUUCUCAGAAGGGAGCUUAGGAAUUUAUUGACUGCUAGACUCUAAUGAAAGAAGACUAAUCUAUAUUUCAGCAGACGGACUCUAAAUCUAGAAUAGGACAUAUUGGUAGCAUCAGAAACCAAGAAAGAUCGUUCCUAAUUCAAGUCUUAUCACAAAUAUAUAUGUAGCAACAUAUGUGUUGAACUAUUUGUAGUUGAGAUUAGCUUCUGGUUUUUCAACUUUAGUUUAA